AUGCUGGGUGACAAAGCAUACUGUCAUGUUCACCAGCAGAAUUGUGCUACGAUCUCGAAUUCCCAGGAUGCUGACCUUCUCAUUGCAGGCUAUCCCUGCAAUCGGAGCUCCCAGUUAAACCCCUGCCGCUUCGACCAGGGGGAGGGAGAUGGGGCUGUGGGCAACGAGCACAGCGACGUUUUGCUUGACUUGGCCGCACUCAUCCACAAGAUUCGUCCCAAAAUGUUUAUCUUGGAAAAUGUGACAGGGAUCCUAAAACGUCGUGCUGGCGCCUCUGAGUCAGCUGACCAGAAUGUUCUGCAGUGGGUUCACGAGCAGCUGGACCGUCACCUCAAGGGGGCAUUCAAGUUCAUGGACUUUGUCGUGGACAGCAAGCCUCUGCACCUUGCCUGCAGUGCGCAAGCGCGUGUUCACCAUCGGCGCCUUCAAGGACGUGGACGUGUCUUGGUUGCAUGGCAAGCUGGCGACGUGAAAGAGAGACCCGUGCACCAUGCAUUUGCCUUCUUCAACUCCAACGAAUCAAGCGAUGGCGCAGACCCCAUGGAAGUCGAUCCUGUCAAGGAGGCAAACUAUGCCACUUGCUUUAAAACUGCCUAUGAGAAGGCAGUUUUGGCCAAGCGGGUGGACAAGGGAGCACAGGUUCCAGAUGUUCGCCGGAGGUUCUGUGCUCUGAAUGCAGCCGAGCCCUUUGUGAAGUCCGCGUCACCCUGGUUGAAAUCUCAGCUGGAUGUGUUCCUGGAGGUCUCCGAGUGCAUGGCAAUGAUGGGCGCAGCAGGUUACGACUUCCAUGGACUGACAUCGACACAGUCGAGUGAGCUCAUAGGGAAAGCCAUGUGUUCGACGGCCCUUGUGAAAGUUCUGUUGCCGGUCCUGCGACACUUGGGGCAAUUCGAAUCCACAUAG